UAUUUGAAGCUUAAAGAGCACUGCUAUGAAUCUAGAUUCGGAUUUCAAAGAGGAUUAUGAUCGUUUAGCUGAAUUAGACGGUGCGAUUACAAAUAUGGGUAAUUUAGGAUUGGAUUAGCUUUAAUCACACGGUCAUCGGCGCUGAAUCCCCCCACAUCCAUACGAAUACACAGCAAACAGGCAAUUGGGAUGCGGGGAUGAUGUUUGUGACGCUGCGAUGGGAAGGCCCUACCUGUGAAGAUACCGACAUUCAAACAAUAAUGAGGAUCCGAUUUGAUUUCGAGUUGCUUUAGUUGUUUUUAUCGCUUCAUUUUUGUCAAUUUAUCGAACCAUGAUUUUCCUGCGGAGGCUCGUGCAGUUAUUGGCGCUGGUGGUACAGAGCGGAUGGUGGGGGGUCGCGCCGAGCCCCACCGAUGAAGGAGCACUCAGGUCCGGCCACGGGGAGCACGGAGAGCCGGGACACCAGGAGCCUCACAAAGACACCUACAGCACCUUCGCCUCCGAGUUCCUGGAGUCCAGGCAUCUGUCCGAUGACGGUUAUCCAUUCCCCACCGCCCCACCAGUAGAUCCCUUUGCCAGGAUCAAAGUCGUUGACUGUGGAGUAACCAAAGGCUGCAUAAGAUAUGGGAAGCCAGGUUGUGAUGCAGAAACGUGCGACUAUUUUCUGAGUUAUCGCCGCAUCGGGACAGACGUGGAGUAUGAGAUGAGCGCAGACACAGAUGGCUGGGUGGCCGUAGGUUUCUCCUCGGACAAGAAAAUGGGAGGAGACGAUGUCAUGGGCUGUGUCCAUGACGAUAACGGACGUGUACGGAUUCAUCACUUCUACAAUGUCGGCCAGUGGGCCAAGGAGAUAAAGAGGAACCCUGCUAGAGAUGAAGAGGGCAUUUUUGAUAACAACCGGGUGACCUGCCGUUUCAAACGGCCGUUAUAUGUUCCCAGAGAGGAAACACUUGUGGACUUACACUUGUCAUGGUAUUACCUGUUUGCAUGGGGACCCGCUAUACAAGGUUCCAUCACGAGGCAUGACAUCGACAAUCCGCCUGUCAGCGACCGCAUGGUCAGCAUCUAUAAGUACGAGGACCUUUUCAUGCCUUCCACAGCCUACCAGACCUUCAACUCUCCUCUCUGCUUACUGCUUAUUGUAGCCCUCACCUUCUACCUACUAAUGGGAACGCCAUAAUGACGCACAGCAGAGCACAUAGUGGAAGAAAGAUGGAAGAGAAGAUGAAGCAGCAAUACAAAAAGGUCUGAUGCCACAAUCAAGUGUGAACUUUGCACAAAGAGACACUGUAUUAGAAAUGUUAAACAUAAAAAAGUCUAUAAACAUAACUCAUAAACAGAAUUUUGCCAAAUUAUUAUACCUAUAUUGUAGAGGUGUCAUGUACUGUUGUCAGUACACAUUUUUUUCUGAGAUUAUUGUUAUAGUAAAAAUAGGUCAACUAUUUUCUGUAUUUAUCAUAGAUUUUAAGUAUUUACAAAAGAGGACUAUACACGACAACAGAUACAUCUCACAAGUCUUCAAAAUACAGCAUGCCCUUGGAAAUCUGAAAAUGAUUAAAAAAACAGCGAUUCAAUGGUGAUGAGGAGACAGUGCCUCGUGUUGGACUCAGGCUAAAGCGGGCUAAAAAAGGACAAAGAAAAACAAGUAGCUCACAGCCGUUUGCACAUUAUCUUCAUGUCUCUUUACCAUUGUAUGUUUAAAUAGACUCCAGGCUUUGGAGAAACUAGAAAAGGUGGUUUAUUUGCUGAUCCUACUAUCACAAAAUAUAGUUUUCAAGAUUUCACUUUGCAAAAGCAUUAUGUUUGGCACUAAACUUUUCCUAAAAUGUACUUUAAGAUUGUUUUCUCUUUUAUUUCACAGUGGCUAUUGGGUUUGUUUAUUAGUACUGUGGCACUCUGACUGCUACAUGACUGCAAGAAUACAAUAUACUCAAGACAACACAGAUUGUGCUGUGCAUGACAAUAUAAGGGAAUAGAAAAUUAUUUUUAAUAGAAAUUACAAAAAAAUUAUAAGAUGGGACAUUGAGGACCAACGUCUUGUCAUCUGUAUUUUUAAAACACGGGGGCUUCUUCAACAUGUUUACUGUGUUUGUAAGUGUAAAAAUAGUCUUCCAGGGUAAAGCAAACCUUUAUUUGGUGUAGUUUAAAGAAAAAUAAAAGAUGCCAUAUAUUAACAAUUAAAUACAAUUAACGUUUAUAUUGCAUUCAACCACCAACAUUGUUUCAAGGGCCCUGCUUCCUUGGCUUCAAUGCACACAAUGUGUUUGCAACAUUUACCUGAAAAAGAAAACCUGUCAAUUAAAAUGUGUGUUGUUAUGACCUAAUAGUGACUGUAUCAAUAAGCCAACUGUUGUCUUUUUUAAGCAGGCCAAAUUAAAACACUUCUUGUUCAUAAAA